GCGAUCUCGUUCCGCAUAGCAGAGGUCGCAAUCCGUAAUCCCGCAACUUAUCGGUCCAUAUAUCUAAACAUUUGCAUACGCCGCGCGCUAGAAUGGACAGGAACUCAUCUUUAACUCGCCGAGUUCAAAAAUAAGGUGUGCAUCGCAUAAAGCCGAUAGGCCGCCGUAUUUUAAGCCGAUGUCUUGAUGUGUCCCAAAACCGUAACAACUCUUUUACACCGUGUUUUUAUUUUUACUGCAAGCGAUGAAAAGAGAUACCUACAAGUUUAAAUCAGGAUAUGCACGAGCUUGAUGACAUUUAGGUACUAUGAGAGUAAUGAGUGUCAGUUUUGUGGUGUGGAUUUUUAUUUGUUAUGUGGUUGGUGUAAGUGUUCUGGCAUUUAGUGAAUCACCGGUAUCAGAAACAAAACUAUCCAAGUGUUAUGACGACUUUAACAGGCCUCAGAGAUGCAUUCCAGGAUUUGAAAAUGCUGCAUUCAAUGCAAUAAUAGCAGCAACAAAUACUUGUGGACAAGACGGACCCUCUGAAUAUUGUGAGCAAACAGGUGAUAGCAAAAUAAGAAAAUCGUGUGAUUGGUGCCAUCCAAAUCAGCACCAUUCGCAGUUUAUGACCGAUUUCCACAAUCAAGAAAAUCCAACAUGGUGGCAGUCGGAGACAAUGUUGAAGGGAAUCCAAUUUCCAAAUCAAGUUAAUCUAACUUUAAAGUUUGGAAAAGCUUUUGACGUUACAUACAUACGAAUAUGGUUUUGGUCUCCUAGACCCGAAAGUUUCUUUAUAUCCAAGAAGACAACUGAAGAUGGCCCUUGGAUUCCAUACCAAUACUAUAGCGCUACUUGUAGAGACACAUACGGAAUUCCAGAAUCAGUACACACUAUACGAGGGGAAGAAACAAGAGCACUUUGUUCGUCUGAAUAUUCAGACAUGUCUCCUCUACGAGGUGGAAACGUUGCGUUUGGCACAUUGGAAGGAAGACCGUCGGCGUACAAUUUCGAUGACAGUCCUGAGUUACAGGAAUGGGUAACUGCUACGGACAUUAUGAUAACCUUGGAUAGACUAAAUACAUUCCGAGAUGAAGUUUUUGGUGACGAAAAAGUUCUGAAAUCCUAUUUCUAUGCCAUUGCUGAUGUUGCCGUUGGUGCCAGAUGCAAAUGUAAUGGACAUGCCUCAGAAUGUGUCUUCUCCAACCGACACGACGGUCAUCAUGCCAGGACAUGUAGAUGCCAGCACAAUACUGCUGGUCCCGAUUGUAAUGAGUGUUUGCCUUUUUACAAUGAUGUACCUUGGGAAAGAGCUACGGCCAGAAAUGCUUACGAAUGCAAAGAAUGCAAUUGUAACGGCUACUCCAACAGAUGCUACUUUGACCAAAAGCUGUAUGAGAAAACAGGCCACGGAGGCCACUGUCUGGACUGUAUAGCCAACAGAGAUGGUGCUAAUUGUGAAAAAUGCAGGGACAAUUUUUACAUGAGAGACGAUGGCUUUUGCACUCCAUGUGAUUGUGAUAGAGUUGGUUCUAGAACGUUGCAAUGCAAUUCAGAAGGAAAAUGUCAGUGCUUACCUGGAGUAAUCGGAGAAACAUGUGACCGAUGCCAAGUCAAUUUUUAUGAUUUUUCCCACUAUGGUUGCCAAAGUUGUAGUUGUCUGGAAAUGGGAUCUGCUUAUAAUAUACCAAAAUGUGACUCAUAUUCAGGAACUUGUUACUGUAAAGAAAAUGUGGAAGGAAAACGUUGUCAAGAAUGCAAACCAGGAUACUUCAACCUUCAAUACGACAACCCAUUCGGAUGCACUCCGUGUUUCUGUUACGGCCAUUCUUCCAGUUGCAAAUCUGCUAUAGGUUAUUCCAAAUAUGCCAUCGAGUCUUCAUUUUCACGAAACAACGAAAAGUGGGCAUCGGAAGAUAUUUAUGGAAGUCCUUCAACCAUAAAAUACGAUUCUUUCACCCAAAGUGUGGGUGUGAGAGCGGUAGGCGAAGAUAUCGUGUAUUUUGUAGCACCGCAUCGGUUUUUGGGAGACCAACGGGCCUCUUAUAAUCAAGUAUUGGAAUUCGUGUUGAGGAUUGGGGAUAACAGACCAGUUCCUUCAGCUACCGAUGUGAUUAUUGAGGGUAAUGGGGAGUCUGUUACGAAUACUAUAUUUUCCCAACAAAACAGACUGCCUUCAACACAGGCACAGAAAUUUAGUUUCCGUCUCCACGAACAUCUUGAUUAUGGCUGGCAACCAAGCCUUUCACCAAGAGCUUUUAUUUCCAUAUUGACCAAUAUUACUGCAAUCAAAAUAAAGGGGACGUAUACUCCAGACGGGGUUGGGUAUUUGGAUGAUGUUAAACUAGAAACUGCUGUAAGAGGAGUUGCCGGGGAACCAGCUCACUGGAUCGAAUCCUGUGACUGCCCAACAGGAUACAUCGGCCAGUUUUGUGAAUCAUGCGCUCCUGGGUACCGACAUUCUGCAGCAUUUGGAGAUCCGUUUCUACCUUGUGUACCUUGCGACUGUAAUAACCACGCAAGUAUUUGUGAUUCUGAAACAGGCAAAUGCAUUUGUCAACAUAACACCGUAGGAGAAAAUUGUCAGUUUUGUGCUCGAGGUUACUACGGAAAUGCAUUAAAAGGUACCGUAAACGACUGCCAACCCUGCGAUUGCCCAAAUAACGGACCUUGUCUCCAAAUUGACGACAACACUGUUAUGUGCACCGAAUGUUCCACAGGUUAUAACGGGCCUCAUUGUGAUGUUUGUGCCGAUGGUUAUUUUGGUGAUCCUACUGGUAGAUACGGAGAUGUGAGACCUUGCCAGCCAUGCCAAUGUAACAAGAACAUAGAUACCAAUGCAAUUGGUAAUUGUAACACAACUACUGGAGAAUGUCUUAAGUGUAUAUUUAAUACUGGAGGCUCUAAAUGUGAAGUUUGUUUACCAGGUUUUUAUGGAAAUGCAUUAGUUUUACCCAAAGGAGACUGCAAACGCUGUGAGUGUCAUCUUCCAGGAACCGAAACGGACGUAAGAAGUGCCGAGUUAUGUGACCAAACUACGGGAACUUGUCAAUGUAAAAACCACGUUGUCGGAAGAAAUUGCGACAAAUGCGAAAAUGGUUACUUCGAUUUGCAUAGCGGGAAUGGAUGCCAAAGCUGCAAUUGCGAUUUGGUCGGGUCGGUGAAUCAGACGUGUGAUGCUAUUUCUGGACGGUGUUACUGUAGACCAGGCGUAACUGGGUUGAGGUGUGAUCGUUGCGAAACCAAGCAUUAUGGAUUUUCUACAGAAGGUUGUAAAAGAUGUGAAUGUGAUCCUCUUGGGUCGGUAGAUUUACAAUGUGACGAUACCGGCCAAUGUUUUUGUUUUGACAACGUUGAUGGUAAAAAAUGUGACAGAUGUAAAGAAAACAAAUAUGACCGCCAGAGAGGUUGUAUCGACUGUCCUGAAUGUUACAAUUUGGUACAAAAUUCAUUAGACACUCACACAGACAAAUUAGACCAGUUGGAACAAAUUUUAGAUGAUAUUGAAAAUCAACCAACAGUCAUACCAGAUGAAGAAUUUCCAGAUAAUUUAAAUAAAGUGAAAGAUCAAAUUGCCGAUUUACAUAAAAAUGUUACGCAAACUUUUGGAGAUCAAAGUUCUGUGUUACAAUUAAAAGAAAUUGAAGAAGACACUGAGGAAUUGCAUAAGAGUGUCUCAGAUAUACAAGAAACUUUAGAUACCAUAAAAAAUAAUAAUUUGUUCACUACAAAUAGUUUAAAUCAUAUUGAUGAUUUGUUAAAUGAAGCUAGUGAAAAAAUGGAGGAGAUUGAGGGUGACAUCGUGUUAAGAGGUAAGACGUCGUUAAAAGAAGCGCAAGAGAGAGCUACUAUUGCUGGUGAUCAUUCCGAAAAGAUGACCACUAUUUCCCAAGAUGCUAGAGAUUUGGCUCAAAACUUAGAACAACAUGCUACUAACAUAAAAAAUGCAGCUGAAAAGGCAAAAAUUGAUUCCACAGAAGCAUACAAACUUGUGAAAAAUGCAGUAGGAAAACAAGCACACCUUAUGGAAUUGAUCAGGUAUUUAAAAGUCGAAUUGGAGAAAACAGAACAACAAUUAUACGCCUCGAAAGAGUGGACCAAGGAGGUCAGCGAGAAAGCUCAUACCGUAAAGAAGAAUGCUUUAACUUUAUUCACGGAAGUUGAAAAUCUUAAUAUACCAAAGUUAAACAUCGAAGACUUCAAACAGAAGUCAGAUGAAUUGAAGCAGAAAGCAAUUUUGUAUAGAGCUAGAUCUGGCAUUGUUUUUAAGGAAAGCGAAGAUUUGAAAAAAGAUGUUGAAAAACAAAUUAAGUUGGGAAUGGAUCUAAUACAGCAAGCUAUUGAUCAACAGGAGGAACUGAAUGAUCUAAGGAAUGAUUUGGUUUUAUACGAAAGUCAAGAAAAAAUCGUCAUUAACCUUUGGAAUGAAAUAUGGAGUAAUGCUGAGAAUAAUUAUAAAUUAUUAAAAGAAUUUGACACACAAACGAAAAAAAGCAAAGAAGACGCUGAAGCUGCUUUAAAAUCUGUAAAAAAUGUAGAAAGCAUAAUUGAUGACGUCUUUAAACAAAUGAAAUCGUACGACAAAGAGCUAGACCAAGCUAAAAAUAAUGCCGAUGUGGCAUUAGAAAAAGCACAACAGGCAAACGUGUUAGCUAAAAAUGCUUCUGUAAAAGCUUGUGAAAUCAAGCAUGAAUCAGAACUACUUUAUAAAAACUCCACAGCUUUGGUAGAGGAAGCUGGGCUCAUGUUUGAUAGAGUCCAAAAUACAGAAGGAGAAUUGAAAAUAUUGGUUCAAAAAACGAAAAGCAAUACGAGUUUAAUAAACGAAGUAAAGGAAAAAGUUGGUAGAGCCGAAAAAGAUACAGAAGAGGUCUCGAAUAAAGUGCGCCAUCUAUUAUCGGAUAUUGAAAACAUAAUGUAUGAAUUACAAAACUCGCCUGGCAUAGACGAGACCGAUGUAGACAGAUUGGAGGAACAAAUAAAAAUUACUGAAGAAAAAAUAAAAGCUGCAAAACUAGAUGAAAAGCUGCAACGGUUGCAAGACGACAAAAAAAUGAAAGAUGAAUUAAUCGAAAGAUACAAGAAACAAAUAAUAUUAUUGCAAGAUGAGGUUGAUAAUAUUGAACAAGUUGUGGAUGCCCUUCCAUCAGGAUGCUAUAGGAGAAUAGAGCUUGAACCAUAGUAAACAUUUAAAAUAUAUUUGUGUUGUUAUGUUUUACAUUAAAACCUUUUUACAUGAUUUUUUAAUAAAGUUACUAAAUUAUUA